AUGGAGCAGAAGUGGAUGAAGCAGAGGUCUCUUGUGGUGUAUGAACCUAGAAUUGUUGCGGGUGAGUGGAUGGUGAUGCUUGCCAAGUAUGGAUAUGCUGAUUGUCAGGUGCCUACCUUGAGAGACCUACAGGGACUCUAUGAUCAGCUGGUUGAGUCAGCUGAUGCCUGCCGAUUGGAUUGGCAUGCUACUUCCAAGAAAGCCGAGAGGUAA